ACAUCAAAUGUUCAAAGCGAUCUGCUUUAUUAGUCAUAUACACCAGUGUAUAUAUACACCGUACUUGUGUGUCAUGUCAAAGAUGUCACACUAUGUGAUAUACUCUGCGAUCGCAGUCAUCUUGUGUUCACCUAAAGUUACUACAGUAUCGGCUCAGGGAAACCGGAUGUCCACUCCUAUAAGUACCGGAAGAAGUUGCAAUGGCACAGCUGAUGCGAACUGCGCAGAGGACGGAUAUCUUAUGCCAUACGUGGUUAAAAUUGUCAUCAUCUCCGCAUCAAUAGUCGGGGCCAUCCUUCUCCUCAGCCUGGUUGUGUGUGUCUGGCACUUUGUGCGAAAGCGGAGGUCUGAGAAAGUGAUUGAUAUCGAGGCAUCAUCGGAUUUCUACAAAUCUGAAGACCCCCAAAUACAUCUUCGUCGACUCGACGCGGGCGAAACAUCACGGGCUAUCAGAGACGCCGCCAGUGUGUUCAGCUGGGGCUCUGAUUUCCUUGAUGAAGAGAGCCGAAGGAACUACGAGAAUCACGAGUUGAUUGGAGGCAUGCCAAACCGGAACCGGAAGUCACGUAGUCAGGUUUACGCUAAUACCCUCGUCAUUGGUAACGACAGAACUCAGGAAUCUUCAACGUAUACUAACGUCAAAUAUAAUGAUAUGACGAUGUGAUGUUAUGCAAAGGGAAGACAACACCAAGGUCACUUAAUGAGAGUAUGACGCGUACAAGGGCUGACCAAAUACUUGUAUGUCGUUGCAGAUAUUCAACCAGUCUCAAGUCUAAGAGAUUGUAUGAUGCCAUUUUCUCAGAGGAAGAUUCAUUAUAUUGUAUUUUACAGUUAUGUCCACAUUAGUUUUUAUGUCAACUAAUAUUUGUAUAUUAGUACGCUUUGGUUUUAGGUGUAAAGUUCGGUAUCAGUCUAUUUUAUUUAAGGGUAGUUUGGUGUAGAUCUUAGUUAUGGCUACCGCUACACAAAGAUCUGAUGACAUCCCAUAACAAAUCACGACAGAACUUCCUUUCGCAAACUUAUCUUGACCAACCAAUGUCACGACUAACAGGAAAUCGACACCACCCAGUACAGGAGCUUGCUGGAGUUAUGCGACACUAGUUUCAAACUUGCGACUUCCAUUCCAUACUGUUCUUUGAAAUUAAUUUGACAAAGUUCGCGAUUCAAAAUUUGAAAACUGAACAAAAGAACAUUCUGGAAUGUCUAAUAGAUGGCCGAGAUUGUAUGACAGCACUUGCCAAGGGCUAUGCAAGGCCUCAUUCGUUCAAAUGUUUAUCCCAUUGAAGCGAAAAUAAAAGUAUAAAACUGCAAAAUAACUUAUCUAAUUAAUUAAAGCGUUUCUAAUUUCCCUACAAGUGAAUCAUUGAAUGUUUCAUUAGUUAUUUCAUUAAGAAGGAGUUGUGUAGAGAUCAAUGGAAGUUUGAAUGUGGUAUUAGCCUUGAUUGUUUUGGUGUGUUUCACAAUUUUGUAAUGUUUAUAGAUAUAGUGAUUUGCAGAUAUAGCAAUGUUAAUGUUAACAUAUUUUAGAGACGCUUUUAGUGUUUGGCUCGGCUAGCGCUGUUGGUGUUUGCACAGGGUGGGUGAGGUGAGGUGAAAUUGGGUUUAACGUCGCGUCCAAGAUUACUGCACUUAUAUAGCGACGUGCAUGCACGUGUAUGUGUGUGUGUGGCUGCUUGUACUAGUCCGGACUGAUGCCGAUU